AUGACACAGACGUCGGGCUCGUCCGCCGCACCGGCAGCGCCGAUCACAGGCUACGAGCUGCCAUGGGUGGAGAAAUAUCGUCCUUUGCGACUCGACGACGUGGUCGGCAACAAGGACACCAUCGACCGCCUCAAAGUCAUCCAAAAAGACGGCAACUGUCCGCAUCUUCUCAUCUCGGGUCUUCCCGGUAUCGGCAAGACGACCUCCGUUCUCUGUCUCGCCCGUGCCCUCCUAGGCGAUGCCUACAAGGAGGGAGUCCUGGAACUCAACGCCUCCGACGAGCGAGGUGUCGACGUCGUCCGAAACAAGAUCAAGACGUUUGCCCAGAAGAAGGUCUCGCUGCCCGCUGGGCGGCAUAAGAUCGUCAUCCUCGACGAGGCGGAUAGCAUGACGCCCGCUGCUCAGCAGGCGCUGAGGAGGACAAUGGAGAUCUAUUCCAACACAACACGCUUCGCCUUCGCCUGCAAUCAGAGCAACAAGAUCAUCGAACCUAUCCAGUCGCGUUGCGCCAUCCUGCGGUACGGCAAGGUGAAGGACGAACAGAUUCUGAAGCGUUUGCUGGAGAUUUGCGAGAUGGAAAAGGUCGAGUACUCAGACGAAGGACUGGCUGCGAUCAUCUUUACGACGGAAGGAGACAUGCGUCAGGCGAUCAACAACCUCCAAUCGACAUGGACAGGGUUGGGCUUUGUCAGCCCGGAUAACGUGUUCAAGGUGUGCGACCAACCACAUCCGUUCCUCAUCCGAACGCUGCUCCUGGCAUGCAAGAAUGGGGAUAUUGACGAGGCCAUGGAGAAGCUCGACGAGAUCUGGUCCAAGGGGUACGCGGCGGUGGAUAUCGUGACGACGCUGUUCAGGGUAGUCAAGACGCUGGAUGGCAUUCCUGAAGCCACCAAGCUCGAGUUCAUCAAGGAGAUCGGCUGGACGCAUAUGAAGAUCCUCGAGGGCGUGGCGACCGUCGUGCAGCUCGGUGGAUUGAUUGCAAGGCUUUGCAAGCUCAGCAUCGACCCAAAGCAGUUCCAGGUGUAG